AUGAGCAGUGACGAUGGUGAAGUGUACGCUUCUGAUGAAUUGAGGCAACAAGUGUUCCAGAAAUUAUCUUCCAAACUGGAAAAUAGAGUUUGUUUUGAUUGCGGGAAUAAGAAUCCAACAUGGACAUCAGUUCCCUUUGGUGUCAUGUUAUGUAUCCAAUGUUCUGCAGUGCAUAGAAACUUGGGGGUUCAUAUUACUUUUGUUAAGUCUUCCACUUUAGAUAAAUGGACAAUCAAUUAUCUAAGGAGAUUUAAACUUGGUGGUAAUAAUAAGGCUCGUGAUUUCUUUUUAAAGAAUAAUGGUAAACAGUUCUUAAACACAUCCAAUGUUAAUGCCCAAGUGAAAUACACAAGCGCGGUGGCUAAACGAUACAAGGAACAUUUAAAUAAAAAGGUAAAGGCCGAUAUGGAACAUUAUCCAUCCGAAUUAGUCCUUGCAGACAAUGAUGAGGAAGAGAGUGAUUCUUCUGAAUUAUCAUCCUCUCUUGGUGGUUCCAAAGAAGGUAGUAUAGAUGAUUUCUUUUCUAAUUGGCAAAAACCAAAGGCCGGAACUCCAACCGGUGGCUCAGGUAGCAAUACUCCUAAAAAACUAACUCCAUCUAAUACCGGUAUCAAGAGUAACAAUAGCAACAGUAACAGUAACACAAGAUCAUCCAUCUUGGCCAGAAAGAAGUCACCUUCCAUUCUAUCAGGAUCAGCCAAAAAGCAUUCCAUCUUAUCAUCCUCUAGAAAGCCAUCGAGAAUAACAGCUAAGAAGCUUGAUAAGUCUGAAGCAGAAGAUUUAUUUGAUCAGUUUGAGAAAGAUGCUGAACAGGAAAAGCAAGAAGAAUUGGUUUCAGCUACUCAACAAAGUCAAUCUUUCAAUACAAUGAAUUCAAGUAACACUUACACUGCGAACUCCUUUGAUGAUGACCUCAAAUCCACACCAGCCAAGGAAGAAUCCACAGAUUUUUUUGAAGAUGGAAGUGAAGAUGAGAGCGCUGCUCCAGUGAAGGAAAUGCAACCUAAAUUUGCUAAAUUAGGAUUUGGUAUGACAACAAAUAAUGCGGAUAAUUUAGCUAAGGAACAAAAGGAAGCACAAAGAGCUGCAUCCGGCCCUAAGUAUACCGGGAAGAUUGCUGCUAAAUAUGCUGGUCAAACAGCAAUUUCAUCUGAUCAAUUAUUUGGACGUGGAUCAUAUGAUGAAGAUGCAUCCCGUGAAGCUAAGCAAAAAUUGAAAACUUUUGACAACGCUACAUCCAUUUCAUCUUCAUCAUACUUUGGGGAAGAUCAAGAAGCUGACGAAGAUGCACUAAGAACGGGUAAUUUUGGUCCUUCUGCUGGAAGAAAUGCUGGUGCCAAUAAUGGAUUUAUUGAUCUUAACAUUGGGGGAGAUGAUGAACUUCAAAUGCUUAAGGAUGCCGUGGAGCAAGGUGCUGAGAAGCUGGGCAACUAUUUAAGAGACUAUCUAAGGAAAUGA